AUGUACCUCUUCCUAGACUUUGACGAGACGCUCAGCUCGCACGAUACCCUCUCUCUCAUUCCUUCUCCUCCUCCUUCCCCUUCCUCUUCUUCUUCCUCCUCUUCUUCCUCUACCUCGCAGCCAGACCCAAAAGACUUCUCUUCGUACACGCAAGCAUACCUCUCCGAUAUGCGCGAUCAUGAAGCUUCCUAUGGGGGAGAGCGAGACACGAUUCGCGGUCAGCUUCGUUUCUUGGGCUCUCUGGCUGAUGUAGAGCGUAAGAGUGUUGCAAGAGUGGAAAAGGGGGGACUCUUUGUAGGAUGGACACAGGAGGAUGCAGAGAAGAGGGGGAGGGAAGGGGUACGAUUGAGGAGGGGUGUGAGGAGCUCUGAAAUGGGGCAGGCUGAGCAAUCAACCCUGCAAGAGUUCCUACAACGCACCACCUCAACUUCCACCUCAGGCUCGGGAGCCCCUCAACUCCAGCCCCGCGUACUAGCAGGCAUCAUCUCCGUCUCCUGGUCCACCGUCUUCGUACGUGCCUCUCUCCAGCCACUCCCACUACACUUCGUCUACGCAAAUGAUCCCGUACUAGAUCCUAUCACCAAGCGCGGGACAGGAGCAUUGAACAAGGGCGCUGCCGAGGGGGAGCAGGAGGGAGGGAUCCGAACUGGACUGGACAAGUUGCGUUUGAUGCGACGGGAGAUGAGUAAAGCAGAGGAGAAACGUCUUCAAAAUGCAAGUGCCCAACAAGGCAAGACGCACAGCUACAGCGUCUAUGCAGGCGACUCGAAUACCGAUCUUCCCUGCCUAAUCGAAGCCUCCCUCGGACUCAUCCUAGGCGAAGGCGCCUCCCUCCUCUCUACUCUUGAGCGGAUAGGUCUUCGUGGACGCGUACUGGACGGAUACGAGGCGCUGCAAAUGUGGCUUAAGGCAGGGGAGGAAGGCAAGGGCCAAGGUGAGGGGAAGGGAGCAGGAGGAAGCUUGCGACCGGUGGAUCCAAAGAGGACGGAGCCUUGGAGUGAAGAGGAGGAAGAGAGGAGAGCGGAAGAGGUCUGUCUGGUUAGGGUUAAGGACUGGGUCGAGGGGACUAAAGUCCUCGAGCUCGUGCUGGCUCUUGAGGAGGGACGGUCAAUGUAG